AUGGGCAAGAAGCGCGUGCUCAUCAGCUACGGCGUUGACGUGGACGCAGUUGCGGGCUGGCUGGGCUCGUACGGCGGGGAUGAGUCGACGAGCGACAUAAGCAGAGGUCUGUUUGCUGGAACGAUCGGCGUCCAGCGACUGCUCAAAAUGUUCAAGAAAUACGACAUGAAAACGACGUGGUUCAUCCCCGGGCACAGUCUCGAGACCUUCCCAGAAGACAUGACGGCUGAGAACCCGUCCGACAUGACGGUCGAGCAGCAGCGGGAUGUGCUGGACAAGACGUAUAAGAUGCUCACAGAUCUCAUCGGCAAGCCUCCGCGCGGAAGUGUGGCGCCCUGGUGGGAAUGCAGCAAAGAGGGAGGCCAGCUGCUGCUGGAUUACGGCAUCGAAUAUGACCACAGUAUGAGUCAUCACGACUGCCAGCCCUACUACCUGCGGAUCGGAGAUACGUGGACCAAGAUCGACUACACCCAGAAGGCAGAGACGUGGAUGAAGCCGCUCGUCAAGGGCCAGGAGACAGGUCUUGUCGAAAUUCCUGCCAGUUGGUAUUUGGAUGAUCUGCCGCCGAUGAUGUUUAUCAAGAAUGCGACCAACAGUCACGGUUUCGUCAAUCCGCGAGAUAUCGAGGAUAUUUGGAGAGACCAGUUCGACUACUGUUACCGGGAAUAUGACGACUUCAUCUUUCCCAUCACCAUUCAUCCUGAUGUUUCUGGUCGGCCCCAGGUUUUGAUGAUGCACGAGAGACUCAUUGAGUACUUCAAGAAGCACGAGGGUGUCGAAUUUGUUACGAUGGAGCAGAUAUGUGACGACUUUAAGGGGAAAAACUCUCCGUCACCCAAUGCUAUUAUGCCAGCGAAAGCCGGCGCAAUGCUUCAGACGUGA